GAAUUUCAUCUCUGUUGAUGCCAUUUAUUGAUUACCCGCCGUUCUUCGGAAUCUGUGUAUUUCAUAUUGAUUAGUAGAUGUAACCGGAAAUCUAUGGAAUUACAAAAUAACACAUAAGCAAGAAAAUUCAGAUACAUCAUAUGCUCUAUUAUGCGGAGUUCGCAUCAAAAAUAGAUAAGAUAGAGCCGCCCAAAGACAAAUCAGAUCCUCCGUCAAUUGAUUGGGGUCGACAAUAUGAUCCGUUUUAUGAAGGCUUCUCCUCAGAUACCAUAGGAUUUAAAAUGCUGAAACGUCAGCAGGGAACAGUUACCUUGCAGCAUUUUUAAAUUCUGUUUUAUCCAACAUACAAAUGAUGAUUCUCUUUAUUAAUGAUGGAGAAAUAUAGCUACCCUAGUUCAUGCUUAGAGAGCAGGGACAAUCCUUUCAAACCAGAUGGUGAAUUGUGCAAAGAAGCAGAAGACAUUUUAAAACGAGCUACAAUCGUUCGUGAUACGUUCAUUCUGAACGAUAACAAGGAGAAGGACACCUCCAAAGUAAGCAAAGACAAUUCUAAUGGCGCCCAGCCAGUUCUUGAGGAAAGCCUAACUCAGACUAAAGUGAACGAAUCUCAGUCUUCACCGGUCAGUAUUCAGCCAAAGCAAAAUGGAGUAGAGGAUAAAAACGUGACGCCAGAAUCUGUAAAACUGGAGGUAGAACCCAAUGUUGUUAACGAUGUUAAUUUCAAGGACAAGAAAAAACAAAAGAAGUGUUGCAGUGUCAUGUAGCAUAUGGAGUGUCUUAGUGUUUUAUUUUUUUUAACACCGGGAUUAUAGUGCAAUGAUGUCAUACAACCACUACCGGGUGCAUUCAGGAUUCGUCCAAAAAUUCACUUGUGCAGGUCAUGUUACAGUACUUAUCAUUGGAUGUCGCCCAUGUAACGAAGCAUGUCAUUGGUUAUUGCCAUAUUGAGUACUCAAUUUUUGCUUCCUGUGUGUGGGGAAUUUGUGAGCAGACGACAUUUUUAACGAAUGCAUGGUUGUUGUCAGAUCCAGUCUCCCAGUAUAUGAAAAUCAGAAAUCCGCUUUAACGAAUACAGUUUUGUUUGAAUUCCUUAAUAUGAAUCGUUUACACUACACAUGUCGAUAUAUGUGAUCUGUGAGAGGAAAAUGCAAAUGAAAAUCAAAGAAGAGUCAGUUUGAAGUAUAAAUAUUAUUUCAUGAAAGAUAUAUUUUUGUCAUUUGUUAUUUUGAUGUAAUAUAUUUGUGCAAGUUAAUACAUUGCUUCCUGUUGAAAAA